ACAAUUUUAGCGUUUUGAUCGGAUCGGUUUUGUCUGGUUCUCGUUCAGGAGACUUUAGGAAUUAUUAACCGGAACAAUCCCUUCUUUCCGGAAACAAAAUUGCUUCAUGACAAGACAAGUCACCGUUUCGUUUUUUCUUAGAAUGUCCACGGACUCUAUGAUCUUACGAAGUACAUUUAUUUCUUCAUUCGCACGGCGCUCAUUCAGAAAAAGAACAUUACAUCAACAGUAUGCCUCUUAUUGUUAAAGUUAAUCCAGGGAACGUUUUAGGGAAAUAUCCUGACAUUACAUCGCCUGAUGGUCUUAUUUCUCCACCGCCGAUAGAAACAGAAUUGAAAGAGACUUCGCCGCUUCUGCGGGAAAAGAUCAAGGCAAAACAACGUCAAUUUAGGAAAGCUGUUUCGCGAAAGAUACAGAGAAGACUUCGAAACAUGAAGCGAACUCCAGUACUGAUGCUAAUUUUGAUCGAGGUUUUUGAACGGUUUGCAUACUAUGGGAUACUCAUCAACUUCGUUUUGUUCCUGAACAAGUGUUGUGGUUGGACUAUGUUUUUGUCAGUGGCAAGUGUAAUGACAUUUUCAUCAAUUUCGUGGUUCAUGUGUGCUCUAACAGGAAUAAUGGGUGAUUCGCGUUUUGGUCGCUACAAUACCAUCGUGAGUGGCUUCCUGGUUUAUUUCUUUGGUGCUUUAACUCUUGUACUUGUGGCCUUUUUAAUGGGAUAUUUUUACCUCGAGAAUGGGCAACCUCGAGAUAGAAUAGACCAGCCUUGGAUUUUAAUGAUUUUACUCGUGGCGUUAUUGAGUAUCUGUGCUGGAGAGGGAGCUGUAAAGGCGAAUUUAUCUGCUUUUGGGGCAGACCAGCUUAAGAGAGAUGCACCAGUGCAGGAGAACAAGAUGUUGUUUAAUUGUUUUUAUUGGAUGUCCAAUGUGAUUUCGUUGCUGUGUCUGGCUGGUGUUACGUAUAUUCAACAAAUGAAGUGGUGUUACGGCUUCACCAUAGGGUUUGGUAUUCCUGCUUUUUCACUGACAAUAGCGUUUGCAAUAUUUCUUUGCUGUCGCAAGCAUUUCACCAUUGACAGGCCUCGCGGCACUGGGCUCAGGAAUAUGUGGCUUAUUAUGCGUCAAGCCUGGUCAAGGAGAAAAGCUGUUAAAGUGGAAGAGAGGUAGUCAUCCUGGGCUUGUAAAAUAAAGAAUGAUGUAGAUUUUGAGUAUGCUCACAUGCUGACCACUAGUAACAGGGACCUCUCCCCCCUCUCCUCCCUCCUCCCCCCCCCCUCACACUUAGAAUACAGGAUUACACAUCUUUUACACAAGUUUACAGGGGAGUUUGAUGCCAGGUAGGUGAUGCCAGCGGCGUCACAAUCAAUGGCUAUGGGUUUGAUAAUCUCACUUUUCCACACCAAGCAACUUGAGAUCUUGGCAAUCUGGAAACCUACAGCUGUAAACAGAAAAUCCUUUAACUCUGCCUUUGAUAUUCAAGGCCUGGCUGUCAACUUUCACACGCUGCUUAAAAUUUUGAUAACUGUCUUUACUGAUAUUUUCUCUGUCCUAUUUUGUUCAUCUGUCUGUUCUUGUUUUGUUCAUUUGUUUUGUCCUGUUUUUCUUUAAGGGAGUUAAUUCCAAGAAGUACUUGUACUUCAGAGAGUGAUUUUUCUCCAAGUGGUGGAGACUGGCUCGACAUGGCACUGGUGGCUUAUGGUGGAACAUUUAUGGAUUCUGAAGUGAAUGAACUCAGGGCAUUGAAGAAAGCUGUUGUGUUUUGUUUGCUCUUAAUUCCAUACUGGAUGAUUUAUACUCAGGUAACUGAGAAUGAGGUUUUAAGACAUGUUUCAAAUUCUACAGCUAAACAUCUUCUGGUGACGUAGAGCUGCAAAGACUUCUGUUAGUUUGAUGUUCAUGUACGCUGUAGAUGAGAGUUUGUAUUGAUAUUAUUAUAUUACAAUCAAAGAAAAAUUUUUAAUUGACAUAAAAAAAUUCAAGGUGUGUAAUCCAACACUACUCUAACAGUUCAUCAUUUUUUGCAAUGGAAGGCCAUCAAAGUGAUUCUAGAAUGAGAAAGGUGACUGAUUUUUGUUUACAAUCAAUUUCGGGAUCAGUUGGUCAAUUACUCAAUAAGCCUAUUAACAAACAUAGAAAUCAUAAAGGAAGAAAGAAAGACAAAAAUACACAAAGUCAACAAGUAUUCAAACUAACAUUUGGUUGGUGGUUUGGUUUGCCAGUAGGUCAGUCAUUUGAUAAAUCAGUUAGUCAGUUGGUCCAUCAGUCAGUUGGUCAGUUGGUUAGUAAGUCAUUCAGUCAGUCAGUCAGUGAGUUGGUCAGCCAGUCAGUUGGUCAGUCAGUCAAUCAGUUGGUCAGUCAGUCAGUCAGUUGGUCAGUCAGUCAAUCAAUCAGUCAGUCAUUCUGUCAACCAAUCAAGCAACCAAUUAGUUAGUCAAACAGUUAGUUGGCCAGUUAGGGCCUUUCUACACGAGCAGACAAAGCUAGAAUUUUCCAGACAAAAUCAAAGAGCCAAUUUUGUCCUGACAUGUUUUUGUAUCUGGCAGGCAUUAAAAAUUUAAAAGCUGUCAAAUUCCAUCAGCACCUGAUCUGUUCAUAAGACAGGCCAGCAUAGUUUGCCAAAGUAUUCCACCUCCAAUUUACAGGAUUUAUCCUAAGUUGUUUUAAAUUAUUUUAGAAUUCCUGAAUUUUGCAAUUUAUUUCAGUUCAAUUACAUGCUAGCAGUGUGUUUGAAGAUUUGUCGGCUUUGGCAAAAGUUUUUUAAUGUGACAAACCAUUUGCAGUUGUAAAAUGUUAGUGAUAACAGAAAAUAUGUCUGAAGAAACAACAGUACUUUUUCGCUUGCAUGGAAAGACCCUUAGUCAGUCAAUUAGUCAUUCACUCAGUUAUAGUCAGUUUUUCUCAGUCAUUUAGUCUUUCAGCUGGUCAGUUGGUCAGUCAGUCAGUUAGUCAAUUGAUCAGACAGUCAGCCAGUCUGCAGUCAAUGAGCCAGUCCAAUCAAUCAAUUGAAGUCCUCAUUUUACAUCUGUGAGUCUGUGUACAUUGCAAAAGACAAAAGGAGGGACAAAUGGAAAUUUUUAAAACCCACAAUGUUGUUUUUGACAUUCAUAUUUUCAACUGAAACUGAAUUUCAAUUUAUUUAAUUAGCUUUACAGCACAUUUAUCCUGCAAGGUCUUCACCUCAAGGCUGAAUAUGGAGGGUUUAUUAUCCCUGCUGCAUGGCCAUGUCUCUGUGAGAUUUUUAUUCUUCUGAUCCUUGUUCCGAUGCUGGAGAGAGCUAUAUAUCCCGGCCUGAAUGGGUGUGGUAUUAAUGUCUCCAUCCUUGGAAAGGUCAUCUUAGGAAUGUUCCUGGCUGCUGGUUCAGCUGGAAUGGGUGAGUACAAGUUUGGGGCAGAUUCAAAGGUGGUUCAGGUGUUUUGGUCGAACUCCCUACACUGAAUUUGAAAAACAUCUAAACACAUGCAAUUAUUGGGAAUUCUUUCUACAAUUAUAUAGUUAUCCCUGAAAAAAAUGAGAAAUCAUUUUUUUAAGAUCUCAAUUUCAACAUUCUUGGCAGGGGCAUCACCCCUCACCCUUCCAUGGAUUGCCCUCUUUUUGGUAGACAUUUAUCCAAACGCUCCUUUACUACAGUAAAUCCCAGAUUUACCCAUGGUAAAAAUGCACAAAUUUCAUGUAAUUUGUACCUGCAAAACUUUUACUACAUCUUCCUCAUGUAUCACAAUCAGUAAGGGCUGAUUUUAAAGAAAAAUAAUUAUACCAAAUGCUUUCAAAUGCCAAUAUACAUAUUUGUACCUGUCAAAGAUUGAAAAUCAGUAAUGAAACAGUCAUGUACAGUGUACAUAUAGUCUGCUUCAAAAGGGUGGUGCUGGUGGCUGCUAAAAUCUUACACAUUCGACACUCCUUUGACCUUUCUUUUUUCACUCUACAGCUGGUUAUGUUGAAAAAGAAAUGACAAACAGUUUUUUUGAUGCUGGUUCUGUCAAUCAUACUGCCAGUGGGGAAAAAUACCCUGUGGUGAGAGACUAUUCUAUUUGGUGGCAAAUUCCACAGUACACCCUGAUGGGUAUGAGUGAAGUCUUCACAAGUAUUCCAGGUAAGGCAGUGUACUGUCUUGUCAUGUUAUACAUGUACCAGACACUGUUUAGGUUUGUUGAAUUGAAUUUAAACAAGGAAUCUAAAGUAUAGACAAAGGAAUUUUAGGGUAUGAAUUAGAUUACAUGGUAGUGUUUAUGUUGCAUCAUAUGUAUUUAUAGCUUGUAAGUUAUGUCCAUAUUGUAUUGUAAGUAAUUAAAGUGUGUUGCAAAAUAAAAUUAAACAAAUAAUAAUUAUAAUGAAUAACAAAACCAAAUAAAAAAAUGUAUUUAGUUAAAUUUAGACAGCUAUGAACAAGGCAGUGUCAUCAUGAUUAUCUACACUUUUAUAUAUGUUUUAUCUUCUUAUUAAUGAUACAGUAACUUUAUGACUGAAGAAGCUGAUGAAGCCUAAGACAGUAUCUUUCAAAGUGUGUUGGCUUUCAUCUUUUAUACCCAAUUCACAGCCCUGCAGGGAAGCAUUUCCUGCCUUUCACCUGGUUUUUUCCUGUUUUGAUAAGCCUUCCUCCCAAACCUCACAUUUCCAUAAAAACUUGCAGCAUCCACAUAAUCAUUGCAUUUUGAAUUUUUUUUGUGUGCUUUCUUUACUUGGAAAAUGAUGUAAAAGGAAAUAAAAGAUAAUGCAGUUAACCAAUGUAUGUAAAAAGGCAAAUACUGGAGGGUUUUCACACUCAUUUUAAAACCAUUUAGAAGAUCCUUGUAGUUAGCCUUAAUGUUUCCUGUUUUGUAUGGGUUCUUUUUUUGAAUUGCCAUUGUUCUGGAGUGACUAGCCUCAUCUUCACGAGGAAAUACAAAAGGAUUAUCGCAUCCAUGAGAGGCUAGGUAGUCUAGAACAAUGGCAAUUCAAAUUGGAUGCCAUAAAUUAUUUUGCUUCGGUUAAUAUGAAUUUGAUUUAUGUACAUUACCCUAGAUUCAUGGCAUAUCACUUCUAUGUUUAGAUAUUUUAAUUUGUAGCAAGUUCAACUUGUUUUACUGAUCAUUUUAGUAUAACUUACUCGUAUUUACUAUCUGAUUUUAACUCUAGGACUUCAGAUGGUGUUCAUCAUGUGCCCGGACACACCACAAAGUGUGACAUCUGCAGUAUUUAAUAUCAUGAUAAGUAUUGGAAGUCUACUGAGUCUUGGCAUUUUAGCGCUUACCGCUUAUCUUUGGGGGUGGUACCCCAGAGCCAGGGAAGGGGCACUCAGGUACUAUUUGGGUAACGACAAAGUUGCCUACUAUUACUGGCUGUUAGCAGUAGUGACGGUCGCAACAGCACUUUUGACUUCUAUUGUAGGAUAUACUUGUGAUAUUGGACCUGACAAAAAUGGAAUUAAACACCAAGUGCUGGUCAAUGAAGAGACUUCGACACAAGGUCAGCUUUCAAAUGCCGGGGUUGAUUCAAAAAAUAACACAUUCGUGGAGCUCAGCUCGUGACAAACUGUGUUCCCUGUUUAAAGUAUUUAUUCUAAAUUGGAAAUGCGUUUGGAUGUGAAGUUGUUGUAAUGUUUCAGAUUGGCAAGCUUGUAUACGUAAAGUAUUGUACGCUGCAAAUUAGUUUCCGAACAUCAAUAAACGAAAGAUACAGUACAAUAUAUGUUGUUCGAAUAAGCUAAGGUGGACCUUUAUUGCUCAUUUCAAGCGGAUGGAAAUGAGCCAUGCAUUGUGAUGUUAAUGCUUCAGUUUACAGUUCUUAAAUCAAGUACUUGUUUCAUUUCUAAAAUACACGGGAAAUCGCUUUUCACAAUUUAAAUUCUGCGUUAAGACAAAUUUUCUUCGUCAAAUCAAACUGGAUACUAUUCAGAAAAGGACCAACAAAACUCUACAAGGCAAACUAAUAAUUUUUGUGUUUAAAAAUGUCCACAGUGCAGUGUUGUAACGAAUCAGAAAUUGAUAAUGAGAACGGUGCUUGGGUUUCCAGUAUGGCUAACUGUGUUUAAACCUUCCUUAAUUUCCGUCUCUGUUUGUUAAUCAGUUUGUUGCGAGCGACAAUCUACACUAGCUCGUGGCAAAACUGUGUUCACUGUUUAAAAUAUUUAUUCUAAAUUGGAAGUGCGCUUUUUUUUAAUAUAUGGACAUUGUGACUUUGGAUUUUUUAUUUAGAAUUGAUCUGUGCCACAGAUAUAGCCACUAAACAUUGCUAACCAUCAAGUAUUUUAACAAUUUAUUAGGAGUAAAGAAACAUCUUAGUAAAAUAGAUAUCAAUAUUGAUUACAAAAUGACUUGACUCUGUGGCCGUAGCAUUACAAUAAAGAUGAUUAUGAUAAUGAUAAUGACAGAGGAGGAUCUGGACCUUGAUCUAGGGGGGACGGGCAGUUUUUUGUCGCUUGCCCUAGUGGCUUUUCUUCCUUCUGCGAUUCUUUUUUUUUGUAAACCCAAAAUAAGGAGGGGGACCCGGUCCCCCCAGGGCCCCUCCCUUAGAUCUACUAUUGAAUGAUAAUAACACUGACAACGGUAAUGAUAAUGAUAACGAUAACGAUAAAGAUAGAAGUAAUAGUGGCAGAAACUGUAAUGAUGAUAAUAAUGAUGAAGAUAAAGAUAAUUAAAG